AUGAUCGACGGAGAGGUCCGUGAUUUCGUGCGCGAAGCCUACACACGCACGGUGGCGCUGCUGAAGGAAAAGAGUGACUUGGUGGAGGCCAUGGCGCAGGCCCUGCUGUCACAGGAGGUGCUGAACCUGGACGCCGUGGAGAAGCUGCUGGGAAAGCGCCCCUUCACCUCCGCAACGCUGCAGAACAUCGACCGCUACCGCAACGGCCCAGCCGUCGAGGGCGGCGGCGAGGACGCGGCCGCUGCGGAGCCUGCGCAGCCGGGGGCAGAGUCGCGGGAUUGCCCAGGGGAGGGUGGCGGCGGGGGCGAUGGCGGCGGCGGCGGCGGCAGCGGCGGGGGUGGCGGUGGCGGCGGCGGCGGCGGCGGCGCAGCGGGCGGCGGGGGCGGGAAGGAGGCGCAGAACUAUGGGCGGCGGAGAGGGAUGGACCCGGGAAUGGUGGUGGCUACAUGA